AGCUAUGUGCAUGUCAUAAGACUUGGAGGAAAUACACUCACCCUCCUGUUUUCUUCCACAAAGUUGAAAAAGCUGCAAUUGAGAGGGACACUCAGUUCUGGUGGCCCAUUCUGUUCCUUCUGGAGUUGACAGACAAAUGUGUUGGAGGAAAAAAAUCAUCAUAUAGCCUCCUUUCACACUGUUUAAAUCACAGGAAGAAGCAGCUAUAAGAAAAAGGUUGAACCAAAAUGACAGCUGCUCAAUUCAAUUGCCAAUACUGCACAGCAUCACUUCUUGGGAAGAAGUAUGUACUAAAGGAUGACAAUGCAUACUGUGUUUCAUGUUAUGAUCGUAUCUUUUCUAACUAUUGUGAGGAGUGCAAAGAACCAAUUGAAUCGGAUUCCAAGGAUCUCUGUUACAAAGGCCUGCACUGGCAUGAAGGAUGCUUCAACUGCGCCAAAUGCAAUCAUUCCUUGGUGGAAAAGCCUUUUGCUGCCAAGGAUGAGCGUCUGCUGUGCUCAGAGUGCUAUUCUAAUGAGUGCUCCUCCAAGUGCUUCCACUGCAAGAAGACCAUCAUGCCUGGUUCUCGCAAAAUGGAAUUUAAGGGGAACUACUGGCAUGAAACCUGCUUUGUGUGUGAGAUUUGCCGCCAGCCAAUAGGAACAAAACCUUUGAUUUCCAAAGAAAGUGGCAAUUACUGUGUGCCGUGUUUUGAGAAGGAGUUUGCUCACUACUGCAGCUUUUGUAAGAAGGUGAUAACUUCAGGUGGGAUAACAUUUCGGGACCAGCCAUGGCAUAAAGAGUGUUUUCUGUGUAGUGGCUGUAGGAAAGAGCUCUGUGAAGAAGAGUUUAUGUCCAGAGAUGAUUAUCCAUUCUGCCUGGACUGCUACAACCACCUUUACGCCAAAAAGUGUGCCGCCUGCCUCAAACCCAUUACUGGUCUCAGAGGUGCCAAGUUCAUCUGCUUUCAAGAUCGCCAGUGGCACAGCGAAUGCUUUAACUGCGAGAAGUGCUCAGUCUCCUUGGUGGGGGAAGGCUUCCUGACCCAAAACAAGGAAAUCUUCUGCCGCACAUGUGGCUCCGGGGUGGACACUGACAUCUAGAAGGAGACAGUCCUUCCCCGUCUGAAAUCCACCUUGUUUUUGUUCUCACUAAAUCCAGAACUCGGUUGAAGUAGUAUUUCUGACUUAAGUUUUAGAAAAUUUUAAUGUAGAGUUUAUAGCGGAAGAGUUUUUGCACACAUUCUGAUUGAACUGUAUUAUAAGAGCUCAAAAAAAGCACAGACUAACAGAAAUGAAUACCUACAAAAAAGUCACCGCUCCUUGCAAAAUACUGCACUCUGCUGUUAGAAACUUAGGAAAAUAUCUCUUUAUUGUAAUCAAGUGUAUGACUUAUACCUAGAAGACAUGGAUGUUAUUACUGAAGACUGUUGGUUUUCAAAACCUCAAACUAAAAAGGAAAUUAAGAGAUCAAAUUGAAAGGCAUACGUGAGACUUAAGUUUGCGUUUCUAGCUAGCUAGUGACACAUAGUGUGAUAGAUUGACUAUGAAUGGUGAACGAAACUGAUUAGCAAGCAUCACAUUUAAGAAUUCUGUCAUUGUAUCCUUCUUUUAUUAUUUGCACAUACUGACUUUAGAGCUGAAAAACAAAGCUGCAAUUUGCCCUCAUCCACACUGCUUUCACAGCCGGCUGGUUCCAGUGUUUAAUCAAUGGAGUUUGAGGAUGGUAGGUGCUAUGGCUCUCAUUCUCUGCAUAGGUGUAAAGGGGUCCUUUCUACCUAGGGAUAGUCAAAGCAUAAUUUUCAACACAUUUUUUAUUAAAUGUAUUUUCAAAGCCCACAUUACUAAUACUAUUUUCUAAAUACUUACAGAUUCCAUGAAAGAAAAUUCUCUUCUUUCAAAUGAGCUAACCAAGAUAACCAUUGUCCCCAAAGGCAAACCUUUAAAGUAAAUAGAUCAUUAAAUCAUACUUGUGGAAAUGAGUUUUAGGGAAGGUAUUGAGUGUUGAACAUGACUUUCAUCCAGAUAUCUAAAGGCAUAAUAGAAUGCACAAUUAGCUCUAAGCCUCAUGCAUUUUGCCUUCUAAAAUUACAUAGAUGAUUAAUGGGAAGACAUAAAAGUGGGCUUUAAAGAAAUCUAGUGAUAAUAAGAACUGAAAAAGAAUAACUCACUACUCAUAAUUCCUGCAAAGCAGUACAACAGAGCAAUGUGGGCUGUAGAUGACCCCUCCCCAUUGUUCCUCCACACCUGUGCCACCCAUCUCACCCCAUGCCAGCCAUGCCCCAGAGCUUCAAUCUCCUGCAUGACCUGGAAGUGCACUCCCACCCCUAAGCAGCCAUUUGACAAAUAAGUCAGAGUUUAUUGGUCACAAGAGAAGUAACAGCCUUAAUGAAAAUUCUAUCACCAUAUGUUCAUCUUUCUACCAGACAUCAACUGAUAAUGACACUACCUACCUGCCCCUGGACAAUAUUUUCCACAUUACGUGGGACCAAUGGAAAGCAACCUCAGCUCUCCAGGGUGUUAUCAUCCUUGUUUAGUGUCACUUGGAUGGGGUAGAGGAAUGUCAGGAGAAGAAACCCACAUGGACUUAAUAUUUUUAUAAGUGUCUCCUCUCCGAUUACUGCAUAGCAUUAAAGGUUCUGAUUGAAAUCUAAUUAUAUGCUGUGGCUGAUUACAAUGAUUAAAAUAGCAUCACAGGAGAUUCAAUUAAAAUUGUUAUGGAAACACAAUUUUUGAAAUAGUUUAAAAUGCAAGGACAUUUGGAGAUACUAACAAUUUAGAGGUACUAAUAAAAGGUCAGGCAACAUAGACUAUUUGAAAGAUAUAAUUGUCGUUUUUGUAGUAACAAUGCCAAGAUAUUUUCUCAUAUUCACAUUGUAAAAUGUAGGCAAAACUAUCAAUAUUUUUCCUGCAUUGUUUGAAAUUGCACAUGUGGAGCUAAAUAUGCCAAUGGUUCUAUGAUCUAGAGAAUAAUAGUGCGUUACAUAUUUAGAAAACCAAGGCAUUCUAAGUCGGGAUAGAUAUACAACAUGUAACAUUGUCUCAGUUAACCAAUUAUAGCUAAGCAUACAAAAUGUAAUGUUUUCUUGUUAAACAAUUAAUAAUGUUUAGGCAUUUUGCUGCAUUUGGGGGGUACAUAUGCAUGUGAUCAGGCUUGCAUUCUACCUGUAAAAUUAAAAUUCACAUAAUCA